AUGACGGAAAUCGCAGCAGGGAUGAUUGCAGUCGAGCAGCUUGUUGCGACUGGCGUCGAGGCCGCAGCAGCAGCAUCACUCGCUCGCCCAGGGCAGCUCACCAAGGCCUCGCUCAGCCAGAUCGCCAUUGAACCCUCCAACCAAACAUCAGUGCCCAGUCUUGCUCGAUCUCACCAUACUCUUACCGUUAUCAACGAGGCGGCCUUCAUCUUUGGCGGCAAGGGAUCGGGUGGCAAGUUAUGCUCUACAGACGUCCAUGAGGUUCUGCUUCCCAUCAACGAGCCGCCCAAGACUCGUCAUGAGUUGUACCAGCCUGUAGGAAUCAGCCCUGUGGCACCACUCCCGGUCCCAAGAUUCUCACAUGCUGCCUGCGCCCGAGGGAAUGAGCUGGUCAUCCAUGGAGGCAGAAACGAGGAGGGAGCUAUCGCCGACGAUGGCCACAACUUUUGGCUCUGGAACUCAGAGCUGGGCACUUGGUCGAGGACACAAUCAGUCAAUCAGCCACACGAGAGCCCACUCCCUCGAUAUGGCCACAGCAUCUUUUUUGACAAGGACAAGGAUCUUCUUAUCCUCCACGGCGGAGAGGGCGUUGGCUUGGAUGAGGAUGUUGCAGAAACGUGGGUGUAUAGCUUUGCUGAAGCCAAAUGGACGCGUUUUCCCUCCUUGCCGGUCAAAGUCCUCGGCGCAACAUGGCAUGGAGGCACCCUUUACAGUGUCGGGAGCGAAUCACACCGUAUUGUCCACACCCUUCAAAUCGACACAUCGUCCCUGGACCCGAGCCAGGUCGGAUGGACUACGCUGCAGACCGCCACUUCAUCCGUUCCUGGCGGACAGAGUCGAGUAGGUGCCGCUCUCCUGCCUUUCAACACCACAAUGGGCCGAUGCUACCUGCUACAGCUAUUCGGCAUCAACAGAGGAGGUGCGGUAACUGAGCACGGAAGUGCCCACAAAGACAUUCUGUCACUACAGGUUCCUUCUACGGCCCUGAGCGGAUCAGGCAUCAAAGAUACUAUCCGGGACGCGCUUCCUCAGACAGAAUCUGGAUCGCUCAGCUGGGCUGAGAUUGAACCGAGUCCUACAGACCCACCAUCUACACAGAUCGAAGGUAAGGCGUAUCCCGAUGCUAGGAGUUUCUUUGGGGCGGCCGAUUAUGGCGAUGGCAAGAGAGUCAUUCUGUGGGGCGGCGUGGAUGCCUAUGGAGAUCUGGUAGGCGAUGGCUGGAUCGUAAACCUUGAGUAG